AUGGAAGGGAAGUAUUAUGUGGCAAGAAACAAGAAGAAGCAUCAGAAAGAGGAGAAGAAUAACAAUAAUAAUACAAGGUUUGAAAUGGAGGAGCAGCAUCGUAGUAGUAUUUGUUCAUCAUCAUGGCCUGGGAGGAACUAUGGGUGUAGCUUUUGCAAGAGAGAGUUCAAAUCCGCACAAGCAUUGGGUGGACACAUGAAUGUUCAUAGAAGAGAUAGGGCAAGAUUGAGAUCAUCAUCAUCAUCAUCAAUAUGGCUUUCUUCCUCUUCUGAUAAACCUAAUAAACCUAACCCUAGCAGCAUCCUGAAACCCAAUACUAAGAACAACCCAAUAAUACCUUCCUCUUCAUCUCUUUAUUAUAGCCCUAGUACCAUUACUUUGUGCUCUUAUUCUCCUUCAGCUUCCACAAGUAGCUGCGAUAAGAAACCAAGACUCAUCACAUCACAGCUUCUUCCUCCCCCUCAAACGAUCAGUAACAACACCACAGUCACAGCAAGGUGGAGUAGUAAUUCUAUAAUGGAAGAUGAUGAUGAGCACAACCACAACAUCACCUUGGAAUUGGGAAUAGGGUUGCUUAAGCACCCAACUAACAACUUAGAUUUGGAGCUUCGAUUAGGCCAAUGA